UGUGUUGUAUUUGCAGGAAAAAAACUUAUUCUAUAAGUUAUUCUUAUAAAUUCCACUUGUAAUCAUCACAUUGUAGAAUCCUACGGAGCUGGAUGGCUUAAGAAUGGCACAUAUUCGAGAUGGUGCAGCUGUUGUUCAGUUUCUUGUUUGGCUGGAUAAUCAGAUGCAAGAGAUUUAUGGAGCUUCUGGUUACUUCUACGAAUCAGAGGGAACACAUAAGAGAAAACAUCUGGAUUCUAUGAAACUAACAGAGGUAUCUGUGAGUGAUAAAUUGGAGGGUUUCCGUGCAAAGCAAGAGAAAUUCAAAGGAUUAAGUUUCCCAACGAUUUCAUCAGUUGGUCCAAAUGCAGCAGUUAUUCACUAUGCACCAGAGGCAAAUACAUGUGCUGAACUUGAUGCUAACAGCAUCUAUCUAUUUGAUUCAGGGGCACAGUAUCUAGAUGGAACGACUGAUAUAACAAGAACUGUGCAUUUUGGGAAACCUUCAUUUCAUGAGAAAUCGUGCUUUACUACUGUCCUCAAAGGCCAUAUUGCUUUGGAUACUGCUAAAUUUCCUAAUGGAACAACUGGACAUGCUCUUGAUAUUCUUGCUCGGAUCCCAUUGUGGAAGGAUGGCCUCGAUUAUCGACAUGGUACUGGUCAUGGAAUUGGUUCUUAUCUAAAUGUUCACGAAGGCCCUCAUCUAAUUAGCUUUAGACCUCAUGCUCGGAAUGUGCCGCUGCAAGCAUCAAUGACUGUGACUGAUGAGCCAGGUUAUUAUGAAGAUGGAAACUUCGGUAUCAGAUUAGAGAAUGUUCUUAUAGUUAAAGAAGCCCACACAAAGUUUAAUUUCGGUGAAAAGGGCUACUUAGCAUUUGAGCACAUAACGUGGGCACCGUACCAGAAAAAACUGAUGGAUUUGACCUUGCUGACGCCAGAAGAGAUUGAAUGGAUAAAUGCUUACCAUGCUGACUGCAGAAAAGCUUUGGCACCAUAUCUCAGUGAGCAGGAGAUGGAAUGGCUGAAGAAGGCUACUGAACCCAUCCACGUAAGCGCGUGAACUACUGCUCGAGGCUUUCAUCUGCUUACUUCUCCAUGUGUGCCCAAUCCCGUCAAAUUAUCUGGAGGAAUUCUCCUCAAAUAGCUCUGAACUGUUGUCUUUAGACAAUAUAUGCUGUAAACUAUCUGCAGCCUUGCUUGCAUAGAUGGAUUCGUAUGACAUAUUAUAUCCAUCGGUGGAAAUCUGACACACACUUUGGAGUUACUCUUCUCUUAUAAUCAUUGAAAGAAGGGUUGGGGGGGAUUAUCCCUUCUUCGAAAAGGGUGUUAAGAACAAAGGAAUUCUCUUGCAUCAAUUUUUUGCAACAAUAAAUAUUGAUAUGAAUAUCUUAAUAUCCA